CAAGUGGGGCCGACUGUAACAGUUUAGUCGCGAGUUUCGUGUGGACUUUGGUCAGUUUUGUUGUGACCGCGAUUCGAAACGGUAGUCUUGAAACAACGUUCUCCCUCGGGAGUGGGAAAUAUUCAGGGCCAUUAGUGCUGCUAAACUAGCUAAUUGACUCUGGAGGAGAAAGUGUUGUGUCUCGAUGCAGUUUAUGGUUAAUUAAAUUCAAGUUCAUGGUGAAGUACAUGCCGUAGUCCGGAAAAGAAGGUGAUUUGAAGCUUCUGCAAACUUCCAGUAGCCAAAGGGGAAAUUCGAAAAAAAAUAUCACCAACAUUAAACAAACAGCAAUUUAUUAAGUGUCAAACAAGCGAAAAAGUAACAGUGAAAGUGAAUUAAAUUGCACUUUGAUUCGAAAUUUGCCAGAAAAGGUGAAAAACUUUCUGCCAACUGUGUAAAGGGAAAAGCAACCGCGAGAAACGUUAUUCCGACAGGCGAAGGAAAAGUUCAGCGAAAUAACAAUCGACCGCACCAGGAAACGGCAAUGGGUUGCGCCAGCAGUUCACCACUAAUCAACGGAGGUGGUCCCGGCGGUAUUGUGGAAACGGUGAAAGAAACGGCUGGCAAAACGGCCACCGAAGUGCUGCAGGCCGGGGAAACUGCUAUCCACGAUGUCGGCGAUCACGUGAAGGGUGCCGUCCAGAGUGUGACCAAUGAAAUCGGAAAUGUGCUAGGCGGUGGCAAGAAGGACCUAUCCGAUCGCAUCAACGAGAACGAUUUACCUAAAAUUAACGGACACGAUAGCGACGGUACGGACUACAAAAUAAUUCCGCUGAAGGAUCCCAAUCAGGGUGUUGUCGAUGAGAAUCUGGAAAACAUUAAAAAUAAUCUGCUCAAAAAGGCGCAAAGCUUCGGAGACGAUGCGGAUCAGAUGGCGGACGAUAUUAUCAAGGAGACGGAAGAUCUCAUUCGGGAUGCGGAAACUGGCAUCGCUGAUUGUGGCACCGAAAUAACCACCCGGAUCACAUCGCUCGAGGAUGGCAGCAUCGAGAUUCUGAACUUGGAAGGAGAGCCGGAAAUCGAACGGAUACUGGAGAACGAACCGAAAUGUCCACCUACACCGGAGGCCACCAUGAACAGUUUGCUGUCGUCCGAGGACACCACAACUGAGUCGGAGACCGUUGAUUCCGCGACAACCGUGGUCGAGAUGCAAAGCCAGGAGAACGAUAGCAAGCGGGAAGCGUGAGUACGGCAACGACACUGACAAGCAAGCGAUUAGUGCAACGCACCUCCAACACCUCCUCAUCCUGAAAAGAAAUGCAAAUUACCACUUUACGGCAACUGUAGUUGUCUGUAAUUUUUGUACAAAUUUUUGAAGAUACAUUUUCGUAGCAGAAGGUAUUUUUACACUGUAACUAGAUAGGGUUAGGGCGACCUGAUUGUAAAUACAGAGUAUUAUUUUUAAGUUGAAAUUGUUUGGCUCAAAACUGUUGUGUUCAUUAGUUUCCUAUCGUUUUGUUGUAUGAUAUAGUUGAUAUUCAUUUAUUUUAAUGCUGAAUGAAAAAAUAAAUUAUCGUCUUUUACGUGAUUAA